AUGGAAGAGCCAACCUAUGAUCCGAGUCGUCCCAUGCCUGCGAUUAAUGUGGUUUACUCGUACAACCUUGUCAAUUGUCCCGGCAAGACAAUCAUUGGCCUGCGCGUGGAAUUUCCCCCAAACGGAUCGACUCCACCCCAUCGGCACGGUGGCGCCUCAGUCUCGGCCUACGUCGUGAGCGGCACUCUUCUGAACAAGAUGAAUGACGACCCGAUGAAGGUGAUCCAGGCAGGAGGCACGUGGUAUGAAGCCCCCGGUUGCCAUCACCGCAUCAGCGACAAUGCUAGUCCGACAGAACCGGCCACACUGAUGUCUGUUUUGGUCUUGGACUCGGACGUAUACGAACGUGAGGGGAUGGCGGCACUGAUUCAGAUCGAUGAGGAGUAUAUACGCAUUUAG